GUUGCUGCGGUGAUUUCAUUUGAGUAACUUUACAAAUUAGAUUGCCUUGUGAAAAUGUCGCGAAUUAUUUUCAUCGUCGUACUCUGUUCAGUUCUCGCGGUGCAAGCCGAGUUCCCUGCUGAUCCCAAGCCUUGUAAAUAUGGGGAUUCCGGGUGCAUCGUGAAGAUGAUUAACUAUUUGAUCAGGGAAAAGGCAAUGCAGGGCGACCGUGAUUUUAAUUUGGUGAAACUUGAUCCUCUGCCAGUGGCCAAGAUGAACAUAAAACAGGGAGCGGAAAGUCCAGUCAACAUUGAUUUAACGUUUAAGGAUAACCAACUUCUCGGUAUAAGCACAAUGAAGUUCCGUAAAGUCAAAGGUUUCGGUAAGGAUAUUGCCAAAAAACACGAAAUUCUGUUCAAUGCGGGUAAGCUAUCCCUGGUAGGACCCUACAACAUCAAGGGCAAGGUCCUCAUACUACCCAUUAGCGGUACUGGUAAGAGCAACAUGACAUUGGUCAAUUGUGAUAUUGUGUUAAGCUUUACGGGCAAACCAUUUGAGAAGAAUGGCGAGACCUACAUGGAGGCAUCCAAUCUGAAAAUUACAACUAAGCCCGACCGCAUGUAUUACUACUUCACCAAUCUGUUCAAUGGCGAUAAGGCCCUGGGUGACAAUAUGAACGCGUUCCUCAACGAUAACUGGGAAGCCAUAUUUUUGGAGGUGAAACAGUCGAUGGAAUUAGCAUUCGCGGGUAUAUUCCAAACAAUUAUUACGGAUGUCUUCUCAAAGUAUCCUUACGCAAAGUUCUUUGAGGAAUGAAUGCCAUUCUAUUGCCUAUUUUGUUAUUCCCUUUUUUUUUUAUAUAUUUAAAUAAAGAGCAUUUUAAUAAAACAAUA